UAUAGCAACAAACUAGCUCGUAACCUGGGGCAGGCGAGAGCUUGGCUAUGGCAAAUAACGCAGCUAAACAGUGAGGUGAAGUGACGCUUCAGCAAAUCCAACAUGAACACCAUCUUCUCAAGAGACAGACAGAUAAAGAGCAUGGAGCUGACAGUGAGCCAUGCGGAGAAGUACCUGGGUCAGUUCUGCAGCCUGCUGGCCUCUUACACCAGGAAGACAGCCAAGCUGAGGGACCAGGCUGACAUGCUGGUCAGACAGCUCAAUGACUUCUCGAAUACUGAGGACCCAGAGCUCCGUACCUGUCUGAAAAACCUGGCUGAAGACCUGGCCAUGGUGCAGGACUACCGCCAGGCGGAGGUAGAGAGGCUGGAGAGCAAAGUCGUCACUCCCCUCAAAGCCUACGGAGAUAUUGUUGAAAACAAGAGAGCGGAUCUGAAGAGGUUCAAUGCUGAUCGGGACAGAGCGCUGAAAGAGCUGCAGAAACUGGAGAAACUCCAACAGAAGAAUCCCUCUGAUAGACAAAGAAUUUCACAGGCAGAGGUGAAUGCUCAGAAGGCGACCAACGAUGCUCACCGCAGCACCAGACAACUGGAGGAGACCAUCAGUGACUUCCAGAGACAGAAACUGGAGGACAUCAAGAGGAUCUUCACAGACUUCAUCACAGUGGAGAUGGUGUUCCAUGCCAAGGCUCUUGAGGUCUACACACACACCUUCCAGAACCUGGACAGCAUGGACAUAGACAAGGACCUGGAGCUGUUCACUGGGAGGAUCAGGGUGUCUGACGGCCCUCUGGACAACCACACCCUGCUUCCCUCCUCUAUGGCCCACCAGCCUAGUCCCCCCCUGGGCUCCAGCCUCAAACACACUGCUGAAUCAGCCAAGAAGUCCAGUAGCAGCAUCCUACAGCGCCAGAGGGUUGUAGAGGAGGAGGAGGAGGAUGAAGAGGAGGAGUAUGAGUCAGAGAUAGAGGCUCAGCAGAGCAGGCAAUCCUACGCCUCUCAAUACACCCAAAUACUCAGACAGAAGAACUGAUAGAUUGGGGGUACACAAUAGAUCUGUUGAUGACUGUGCAGACGUGUUCCUAUACAGGGUUUGCAGUAAAUUGUUCUGCRAAUAAUGCUUUGUCAAUGGAGGCAUUUGGCACUUAAGACAGACUGCAAUCAUUUGUAAUCAGCCAUAUCUGAGGUAUAGCUGAGGAGUGAUAAUGUGUUCACAUUUUAUAAUGAAAAACACAUCCAUGUYCAGUAAUGGUUGUUAUUUCCGUUGUGUUAGAAAGGGAAAGUGAAGAAUACAUUCUAUUCCUAGAUAUACCGGUAAAUGUAAACAUAUCAAAUAAAUUGACCCAUUUGCAUUAAACCUGAAUGAGAACUCUCAUCAUCAUCUUGUUUCCAUGGAAAUGARCUCAUUGGUAAUAGCCUACUGACUUCCAUUGACUGUGAACAAUAUUGUUUUCUCAGAUGAAUGCAAUAACAGCUUGGCAGURGGAUCACACUCUGCAAGCCCAAUGAAGAAUUACUGCUGUGCACCCUGCAGCUAAACCACUGACAUGCUAGAUAGGAUAACACUGUUGGGCUUUCACCAAUGGGUUUCUUUAUCACACUCAGGCAUUCUGUUGUGUUCAGGCUGUUGAGUUUGUCAUAAAGCAYGGCCCUGGUUCAUUUACCUCUGUGCUGACUGAGAUUGACUCUCACAGGAGUUAUACGCUUGAUAAACUGUUGGGGGGUGAAUAYAGUUGGAAGCAACCAAUCAUUGGGCUUGGUUGGUUGGAUAACAGACAUGAAUGCUUGAGAUAUCAAUGUCGCCUGGGUAGUUUGCCUGUGGAAUCAGGAAGAUGGUGAAACUACGUUUAGAGAGCUGCAGUUGUGAAAGAGCAGCUGUUUGGUGAUGUUGAGGUUAUUCACUGUAAGCUAAAGGGUCAAACAGGGAGUGGGGGAGAAGACAUGGUUUUUCCRUUUGCAGAUGUACAGUAACUCAGAGUCUCUGUUUCACAACAGUGUGACAGAGCAGCAUGCCGGGCAAUGAGCUCAGGGUGAAACCUCCCCUUACCCCCCCAGAAUAAUUGAUGCAGUCCAUUGUACACUAUACUCAAACACAAACACACAAACACACAUGAGGACAGGGCAGAGGCAUCACCUGCACCUCCUCGUGAGCUUUGUGCAUCUUGGGCAUCACUCUGAGAUACUCACACUCUAUCAUAUUCUUUGGAGGAAAUUGGCAUCAUGAAGCACAUUGAUGCCACUGUUGCAAUAUUACAUCUGCUUCUACUGGUCACAGCAUACUCGCCACUUAUCAAGUACAUAGUGAUGCUGUCACAGCAAUUACAAUUAUUACUGCCACUGACAGUACUCUGCUAUACCUCAGAACAGUUAUCAGAUGUAACAUUCGUAAACAUCAAAGAUCUGCAGUUACCACCAUUAACACUCACUGUUCUAAGAUCAGUGGUACUCUGCAAAGAGCUAGACCAAGGCUGUGGUGUUCUGUCACUCUCUGCACCAUGAUAUAUCUGGAGCCCCCUGUCUGCCAGUCUGGUAGCCAGUCUUAGCCUCUGGGCUCAGGUGCUGGGUGUGAUUACAGAGAUAUCCUCCUGUCUGAUCUGUCUGUUCCCUCCCUAGGGCAGGCCAGCUGAAAUAACACUGCACACAGACCACGCUAUAGCCAUCAUGUAUCCCCAUAAAGACACCGGGGCCAAAACCAGAAGCUCAGCAUUCAUCUCUAGCCAAAGACCAUUCCCAAGUACUUCUAGCUCACAUAUAAGGUUCUAGGAACUAAAUAUUGUAUUUUGUGAAUUUGAUAAGGCUAUGUAUAUAAGUAAUACCAUGCACAUAAUACUCUCACUGGCUAAAAGUGUAGCAUUGCAUGUGCUAUUUAAAAUGCCCAGGCUGUAUCCCAUCUGCUCCUUAUGAUGGAGAGGUGACGGGCAUUACAUAACCAGAUAGUAUGAGAACUAAGCUGCCAGCAUGACCCUCCAUUGACCCUCUUACUGAAUAUAGAUUCACCUACUAUGGAG